AUGAAGCUCACGAGCACUGCGCUAGCCGUCUUGGCAGCCGUUGGGAUCGGCAGGGCAGCUCCCGCUCCCGCGCCAGCUCCCACGCCAGAGCCAACCUUUGCUCUUGCUGGCCGUGAAGCUGCUGCUGCUCCCGAGCCCACGCCGGUGCCGGUCGUGGCGCGUGGCCUCGGCGACGAGCUCAAGAGCCUGGGGAGCGACAUUGACAGCAAGAUCUCGUCGUUUGUCGACUCAGACGUGCUCAACUUUCCCCACGGCUUCCCGACCGGCACCGCUGUCGAGAGCUCCCUGGGCAUCACGGCUGGUGCGCUCGAUGCGCAGCCGACGCGAGUCCUCAAUCUGCCCCCCUACGCCAACUGGACCGAGGACGGCUGGAAUGUCCGCGUUCACGGCAACGUCUACAAGGUGCCCGACGUGGCCCAGGACAAGAUUGAUAAGCUCGCCGAUGCUUUCCUCGUCGGCACCAGCGUCAGCGAUCUUCAGGACAAUGAAAAGGCCCAGGCGCGUAACUUGACGCGCGAGAUUUUCGUCGUGCAGCAGGGCCACGAGAAUGUCACUGUCAAGUUUGUUGUCCCUGUAAGCAACGCGUCCGCACCUCGCGGAGGCGGCUAUGUCAACGCCAAAGGCGGCGCGCAAGAGAUUACGCUGCCGUAUGAAACGACGGCUGAGGGCGACUUUGACGUCUUUGUCCCGCUCCGAAACGAAUCCGCCAAGACCAACGGCACAAGCGCCUACCUUUUACCGGGCAACGCCACGACCAAUAUUCAGACCCUCGACAUGUACGUUAACGGCACCGACACGGGCAAUGCCACGGCGUACCUCGUUCCGCCCAAGGGUGUGACGAUCGUCUCCGACAUUGACGACAUUCUGCGCGUCACCAAGAUCUACAAGCCCAAGGAGGGUCUCCUCAACACCUUUGCGCGGCCCUUUACCGCCUGGAUGGACAUGCCCAACAUCUACACCAACUGGUCCUCGUCCAGCAUCUCCUCGCUGCACUUUCACUACCUCACCACGACGCCCGAGCAGGGCACGCGGCCGUACAUGGACUUUAUCUUCCGGACGUACCCCGCGGGCUCAUUCGACACGCGGCCCCUCAACUUUACCAACGUCGAGGAGACGCUCAAGAUCCGCCGCUACCUGCUCGACAAGCUGUUCCAAACCUUCCCCCAGCGCAAGUUUGUGCUCGUCGCCGACACGAGCAACUCGGACAUUAUGAAGGCGUACCCAGCCAUGUACAAGGACUACCCCGGCCAGGUGAGCUGCAUCCUGCUGCGCAACACGACGGCGACCGACUCGGAGGACAAGCUGCCGUACAACACGCAAGGCUUCAAGGACAUUCCGCAGGAGAACUUUAUGUUCUUCAACGUGCCGGAUGACCUGACGGGCUUGGACAUUGAGAAUGGACACUGCUAUAAUAAGACUGUUGCGCAGAACGUGACGUUUAGCGAGCAGGGCCUGCCGCUAGGCCUGGGGAAGAAGAGCGAUGCGGCUGGUGGCGUGAUGGCGCCGGGGUACUAUGCGCUUUCGGCGGUGAUUCUGGUGGCCACUCUGAUGACGUUUUUGUAA